CAAGAAGUAUGUGAUAUAGCUUGUGCAGGGCACCAGUUCCUCCAUCUGAAAACACCAGUAAAGCACUAGCGCCAUGCGAUGGUGCACAUUUGAAAAAGUGAGCCGUUUUAUCUCGUUUUUAAAUGACAUUGAUCAAGGAUGGAGAGAGGCUAGCGUUAGCUGGGAGCUAACUAGCCCCGGCUCACAUCACUUUAGCUGGGGAUGAGCACGGGCCUUUUUUCAGUCAGCUUUAGGAGUGUUCCAUCGACUUUCUGCAUACAUUUAUUUCGAAAGAAUUUAGACGAUGAACUAGACGCGUUAGGGGAGCUGACAUGGGCAGCAAAUUCAUGUAAGUGUCGGAAUGUCUAACUGUGGCUUCACCUUUGUCAGUGUUUCCAGCUGAGUGAUGCUGACUGUGUGUUUGUGAACUGAAGUGCACAGGGCUGAGGCUGAUAGUUUUUCAUCUGUACCUGCUAUCCCAGUUAAAUGUCAGCAUAAUUAUUGUCGAAAGCUGCUUAAAACAAGGAGCUAAUAUCCUUAUAGAUGUGAUGCAUUCAAGCAUCUAUGAAAUGCUUUGCGGUUUUUUUAAUUAAAACGUUAAAUAUGCUGGUGUGUUCAAGUCCGUUGGUCUAACUUAUGGAUAUGGGAGUUCUAUAUAAAAUAAUUUAGAACUCGUAUAUGAAAUCUUGAGAGGAAGGAUUGACACUCAGCAAUAAAGCAGUCAUUCACACAGUACUCAUGUUUUUGUGUAAUUGGAUCCCUAGGUUGGUUCUACAGUUGUGAAUGUUUAAAUCUGCAGCCUCAAUCGAAAUAAAAGCUCAGUAUAACAUUAAAGAUGUGACAAAAGUGAGCCCAGUGGAACCUGAUGUGCACCUCAUCUCUGGCAGAUAUGAAAAUGUAACCGCUUGCCAGUUUAAAAAAAGUACGAUUUUCAUUUUUGUUUCUGUGCAAACGGCUUUGCACACUCAUGGCUGUUUCUCCGUCAGGUUCAUGAUGUUUUAAUCUGGAAACGAUCCAGCUGUCUUAAAGGAGGUGCCACAGAGAGUGCUUUUUCCACACUCUGCAGUAUAACAUAUCCCAAACCGCCUCAGCUGGGUUGAGGUCAGGUGAUCGUUGAUGUGAGGCCAUGUACUGCAGCACUCCAUCAGUUUGCAUCUCGGUGAGACAACUCUUACAGAGCCUGGAGGUGUGUUUUUAGAUUUUUAUCCUCCCGUAAAGCAGAUGGUGUUCCCCCAACUGAACUCGAACCUGAAGGGAUGUUGGAUCACUGAAGAAUUAUGUUACUCUGCUAGUUAGAAUUCAUCAUACAUCUCCAACAGUGUCACUACCAAAGUCCAUCCACCAUUAAAGAAAGGUUGGUUUUUACUUUUUGCUUUCUUGGCAUUGUACUGAGCUGAUUGUAGGGCUAUGUCAGCAUGUGUGAGUCAACAGGAGUUUAGUGGGAAGCUCGAUGAGUAAUCAACCUUGAUGACGAUGCAGUAUUAGCUCACAGCUAUAUCUGCAAGCAGAUGAUGUCAUGGUAAAUAUGUUCAUAAGAGAUGAUACAUAGUGUUGCCAAUUAAAUGGAUUACAAGGUGGUCAGUGCUUGCUAGAUGUACACAGCAGUGAAUUCUUGGUGCAAUCUAACUUCGAUCAUUAAAUUCUAUCUAUCCAUUUUUUGUUGUUGUUGUUUUUUUUAUAGCUUUUUCUUUCAAAAACACAACCUAAACAGAUUGUCAUAGCAUUUGCUAUGGGUAGUUCUUUAUUUACUGUGCUUGGGUUUGCUUGAAUCAACUGGGUGUUGUGUUUGUGGCGUUUCAAACAUUGCAGAGAGCCCUCUGAUGGACAAAAUAGGCAAAGCCAACACUUGUAGGAUGGAGGAAGGAUGUUUCUCCCAUUUCUUUUUAAAUUGUUACUUAUUUGCAGUUAUAAAUGCCAACACUGAUAAAUCAGCAAAUAGCUAAUAUUGCCCCACCAAUAAAUCAGUGAGACUCAUAUUUCGAGCUUCUCUGAUUAGAUUUUUGACCACCUUUUUCUUCCAGUGAAAUUGUUCACUGAAAGUUGGUUAACUGUGUUCACUUUGCCACCCAUAGUCUUAAAAUUAUGAUGAUUUCAAAUGUGUUGGAGAAUUGGUUUAGAGCGACUACACGUUUUAUUACAGAUAUGAAUGUUUGAUCCCAGUGUGUUUAUCACUGCAUCGCAAGGGAUAUUAAUGGUGAUUUUGACAUUACCUCACCUAAAGGCAAAAUGUCAUCAACUUAUUAAUGUAGUUUUUUAAAGCAUUUUCUCUUUCUUGUGAGAAAACUUUUAAGUCAGAUUAGAUAGUUAAUAAUAAUUUUUAAAAGUAAUCAAGAAAAUCCAGGGCUCAGUCAUUUCUGUGCAAUGUAGUGUUUACCAGCAGCAAAUGUUCUAGGACUUUGUGAUAGUCGACUGUAUAGUCUCGCUUACAUGUGCUACAUAUAAUAAAUCUUACGUAAAAAUGCAAAGCUAAGAAAAUCCCUGACAUUUUCCCUCCCAUGAUAAUGUUCUGGGUUUUUUUUAUUUUCAACAAAUUAUCACCGGCAAAUUGCUCCAUGAAAAUGAGUUUCAAUGAUGCAAUGGCCAUUAAAUAAUUCAUAAGUGGACAAAAGUAAAAGAGGCUGAGCUGUGGAGGAGGGGAAAAUCAAUGAGAGUGAGAGAGCACAAACGAGAAAGAAAGAAGUGUGUAUAUAUGGAGAGAGAGGGAGUCUCUCGACAGAGGAGUGGAGACAAUCAGAAGAGACAGGCAGUCAAGCAGAUGGAUGGGAACCCCACCCAGGCCUGUUUCCUCUCUGUCCGCUCAGUCCAGAGAUAAUCUGCUGAGGAGGAAGUCAAGUAUUAUUCCAGUACGAGGAAUGAUGAUUGUUUCUGUUUGCUGAGACGGAAUCUGAAGUUGGGUUUUUUUUUUUUGGCCUAAGUGUGAUGAAGAUCCUGUAGGUGGUCAAGCCACAAACACCAUCCAGCUGAUGCCCCAGAUGCCCCCGAUUGGCCAGAAGAGUGUAAAUCAGCUGAUGUAUGAUUUUGACUCUAGUCCCUCAGCAAUUGAGACAAAGGAGAAGGACUUUGCUGCUUUUUGCGCCCAAAUGUGAGUGUAUCUUGCUGCGUGAGGUAGUUUGCCACCCAGAUUGGAUUGGAAAGUCCCAGCUCCUGCCAGUCCUGGCAUGAAACCGCAGUAGCUCCCCGGAGAAUAUACUGACUCACCUAGCAGAGCUAGUGGAGCAUCAUUAAAAAAUAGAAGACUGUAGCCUGGAUGAGGGUACUGUCUUCAUGCAGAGGGCAGAUCGCAGCUUAAGGCAGCAGUUUUUGAAGUUUGUGAACUGCGUGGGAUUUGUUUUGUUACUAGCUUGUCAGCAUACCUAAAACACCUGCGUUUGUCCAACUGACAGCUGAUUUUUGUUUAUUGGCCAUGCAGAUUCUGCUAACAGGGAUUUUAAACCCUUUUUGGAUAGCUGUCUAGUUGUAAGAUUUCCAGCUCAGGGAAAGCCUGUCCUGGUACAGCCAUGGAGGGUCUUGAGCAGCUGGACAUGGUGGGUGAUAUCAGCCCAGCUUUGGAGGCCACAGAGGAUUUCAUCCACUGCAUGGAUAGGAUACAAGGCCAAGGUACAAGCCAGGCUCAAACAGGGAACCUUCAGCCUGCCAGACAGUCGAAGCAGCUGCAGGAGGUAUCUAAUGCAGCGCUGGGCAAGCUGAGCUCCAGUGGCGUUUGGAACCUGCUAGCUGGAGAGCAGCCGGAGGUGGGACCUCUAGGCCUAGCUUGGGCCGAUAACGUCAGUGUUUUGGGGCUAGGAGUGGGUUUGAGGCACGGCAAGAGAAGCCGAGCGCGUUCCACCAAUGACUUGGCUGCCCAUACCAACGAGUGUACCAACAACACCACCAACUCCUCAUCUAACUCUGCGUUUAAGAAGGGACACAGCCGGUCCAGGUCAGAUGUCCACUACCGUCCGUCUGCCUGCACCGACAAUGGUCUGCCCACAGUGGACUGCAACACCCUGAAGAACAUGAUCCUCAACCACCAGCAGGAGGCUGAUAAAAGCAGCAGUAGCAGUGUGGUGAAGCAGUGUGAGAUGGAGCAGCGUGAGGGGCUGCGAGGCCGCUGGACACCCUGCCAUGUUGAGCUGACGCCUUGCGAGCUCCGCCUGUACGCUCUGGACAGCAGUGCCAACCGCCAGCUGGGCACUGCCUACUCACUGUCACACUGCCAGAGCGUCAUCUCUCCAGCACCCUGCAGCCAGCCCGGCCAGAUCACCCAGCCCGCAGACCAACGCACGAUCCAGGCUGUCUUCUUCAACAGCACACGUCUUCAGCUGAGGACGGCCAGCCAAUGGGAAGCCAUGGAGUGGAGACGGCUGAUUUGGGAGAAGAUGCAGGCAGCCAGACCCAUGAGGCAGGAGAAUCGUCAGCAUAAAAGCGGAGUAGAAAAUCAUCAUGUCGUGAAGUUUCCUGUACCCAUGUCACCUUCGUCUUCGCCUUCUCCUUCUGGGCUCGACACCAGGCCUGAUGGCGAAAGCGACACCCCGACUUCAGCAGAGGCAUCGCUCUGUCUUCCACCUAAUUCUGUUGUCCUGAGCAGACCCACCACCCUGCCUUUGUUCACGCAGUCGUGCCAGGACGUUCUCAGAGUCGGUCUACUGUACCAGCUAACGGAUCAGAACAACUGGCGGGCUUUCACUUUUGUCCUCACCAGAUCUGUUCUCCAGGCCUUCCCUACAGAAGGCCGUGGGUCUGUGUCCCAACCUGUUCUCCAGUACUCGCUGGCGUCCUGCAUUGCUGUUCAUCAUGAUCAUGAGUUAGAGAAUGGAGAGCCAUGGACAGGGAAAGGGGAAUUUUUUCAGGCUGUUUUCCCAACAGAGGUACUCAAACUUCGUGCUGAUGGUCACCUCAAGGCCCAGGAGUGGGUGGAGACCUUGCGGGAGGCAGUUAGAACACAGAGGCCUGCACAAGAAGGGACAGAACCAGGAGUAGGACCUCCUGGUCUCCAAGGGGUGCUAUUGAGAUCAAAUCCAUCCAGGGACAGGAGGCAAAGGGACGCACAGAGAGCAAAGCGACAGUCGGUCACCACCAGUUUCCUCAGUAUUCUCACCUGUCUGGCUGUGGAGAAGGGGCUCACUGCUCAGAGCUUCAGGUGUGCAGGUUGUCAGCGUCCCAUUGGUCUGUCCAGAGGAAAGGCGAAGGUUUGUUACUAUAGUGGCUGGUACUACUGCCAAAGCUGCCAUCAGGACAACUCUUUCCUCAUCCCAGCACGCCUGCUGCACAACUGGGACACCAGCAAGCACAAGGUGUCCAAACAGGCCAAGGAGUUCCUGGAGUUUGUGUAUGAAGAGCCACUGCUGGACAUCCAGCAGCUUAACCCCUGUCUGUACGAACACUGUGAGCCUCUGAGCACAGUCCUGCGUCUCCGUCAGCAGCUCCAGUCACUGCGGGCCUACCUGUUCAGCUGCCGAGCAACCGUUGCUGAGGACCUCAGGCGAAGGAUUUUCCCCCGGGAAUACCUCCUACAGCACAUCCACCUGUACUCCCUGGCUGACCUGCAGCAGGUGAUUGAUGGAAAACUCGCUCCUUUCCUGUCCAAGGUGAUCAAGUUUGCCAGCUCACAUGUUUUCAGCUGCAGCUUGUGUCGAGAGAAAGGCUUCAUCUGUGAACUCUGCCAAAACGGGCAGGUCAUCUAUCCCUUCCAGGAGAACGCCACCCGGAGGUGUGACAGCUGCGGCGCCGUUUUCCACGCCGAGUGUCGACAGAAAGCACAGCCGUGUCCUCGCUGCGUUCGCCGGGAACUCCACCACAAGAGGCCAUCGUCCUUCUGGUCACCUGAUGACGACAGCCCAGGCUGUUUCCCCGUGCCCUACCAAGACACCUGAGACAAAUACCCGCAGGAGCCAUAACAAACAGGGCACCGCCGCCCAGCCAUCACCCUGGACAACAAGGGCCUGUUUCUCUGAUUUGUGUGUGUCUGCAGGAUGGACCUUGUGGGAGCAGUGACCAGGAAGUGGACUUGGAGCACUUUGUUGCAGCGUCAGGUUUGUGUUUUUGUGUGUGGACUUGCCAACGCACACGCCUGAGCCGAGCACCCUUUGGUUUGCUGUAAAGAGCAGGAAGAAAACCAACUGAAGAACUGCUGAGUCAGGCUCUACAGAUCAAACUACUUGCAUUUUGUAGUCCAGCACAAACAGAUUAUCCUCUGAUUAUCCUUAUCCCAUCUCCUCCUCACUCCUCAUUCCUACCUUUUACAUUUUUCCAACUGCAGGAGUUAGAUCUGCAUAAUCGAAGCUGAUCAACUGGAGGAAUUCAAGCUUAAAAACAAUGUUGUGGAUUGUAGCCACCUGCUCUCAAAGUCCAGCUUAAGUUUAACAAUAAAAUGAGUAGUCAACAGGCAGAAAACUAGUAUACAAUCUCGGCAAUGGAUGUGUAAAAAAACAUUAAAUUUGCUGCUCUCUUUUGGGUGAAAUAAGCAAAUUUUGAAAUCCCCCUCCUCCGAGACCAUGCAAUGUUUUUGUCUUUGUUUACAGACUAAAAUAGAGAAUAACUGAAAACGGAUCUGUGUGUAAUGGAAAUGCGUCAACUCAUGUUAAAGUGAUAGAGCUCUCAAAACUUCAAACCCUCUUUUCACCAUUUUUCCUUUCAGAGAGAAAGAGACAUGUAUUUAUGUCAGCAGUCAAAUAUUAAAGGGUAAGGUAUCAGUUUAUUAAUUUUAUAAUGGUAGUCAAAACUGAAACACAUUUUAUAAGCUGUAUUUUUUUUCCAUGUUCUUAUUGACCACUGAUAAGGGAAAAAAAAACAUUUUAACAGAAGCUAUUUGGUCUAAAACUCCACAGUCCUCAGUCUGCAAUCAAGACUGAACCUGAGAUCACUUUCAGAACAUGCUAGAGUGAAUGAAGUAUACAAACGGUGUCCUUUGUAAUAGGAUUUAAAAAGUGUGUUUUAAUGACGAGUGCAGGACAGGAAGGCGUGAUUCAAAUAAGCUGUUUUUACAUGAAAAGAGUGCCAGGAGGAAAACUUCUCAAAACAGUCCUGCAGCACAAUCAGCUGCUUUACCCACAUAAGAGCAGAUUUCCUAUAAUAUUACUAAAAUCACAUCUUCUCUGAAAGCACAGGUGCGCUGACGCAGAGUGGCUCAUAAAAAUCAUAAGACCAGAUUUCACAAUAGUGCCACAAAUUGUUGUCGAGAUGCUCAAAGUCCCUGAACAGAGUUACUGUAAGUGACAGAUUAUUUUUUCAGCGGGACUCAAAUGUUCUCAGCUUGUCUCGUAAUGACAGUAUUAAUUUACUAAGUCAGCUAAUAUUUGUAUUAUUUAUAAUAUUUUUACUGUAGUGUGCGAUAACUCUGACAGCAUUUGGAGCACGUGGAUAAACCCAGCAGAGUGGAUUCUGCUGCAGGGCUGUUUUAAUGAGCAGUGUUUUAGUUUGUUUUUUUUUAAACUGUGGCAACGUGUCUGCAGUGACAUUUACAGUCUGACUAAAUCCAAACUGACCACAGCUGCUGCUGUUCUGAAGAAACAAAAAAAAUAAUGUGUAUGAAAGUAUAAAAAUUCUUCCCCUCUCUUCUACUUAUAAGUUAUUUAACGUGUGGAUUUUCACUCACUCACUUGAUCGCUGUUUCUUUAGUGCAGACUCUGUCAGUGUGUUUGGGCACGUUUUCUUCCCUCCAUCACUCUGACUGUAAAAUAACAAAAGGGGCAAUAAUAUAAACUGUAACUUAAUUGUUUAUUGUUGCCUUUUCCCCCUCCUGUGUCAUUCUACUUCCUGUUGUGCUUUAUUCAUGCAGAAUCUAUCAAGCAUGAUAGCAGCUUUAGCGUUUUAGUAUCUCUAUGCAACCUAGAUGGCCUUUAUAAUCCACAGCUCUGAUGUGUAAAGGUCUGGGAACAUGUUCUUUACAGUGCUGAACGAGCUGUGUUUACAUCAAGUUUUAAGAAUAUAAUAAUGAAAGGAAAUUAAUCAAAUUAAUUUUCUGUCUUCUUUGCUGGUUUAAGAGUAAAUAAUUAAAUCCUGCUAUUUUUUUCUGGUUUGGUGUAGAGUGAAAUGUUGGAUACAGUGAGCUUUUAUUUUUUCUACAUAAAAUAUGAAACUGCUCCAAUCAGUAAAAGAUAGUAAAGUCUGCCUGUAGUGAUCGAUGAAAGCUGCACUCUCUUUGUUUUUAGGCACUGCUAUAAAAUCAGGUUUCAAAUAUAUUGCAAACCAGAAAAUAUUGGAUUUCGCAACAUCUUAAGACUCAAGGACUGCAGCUUUAAAGUUCAAUAUGCCAAAAUGUGUAAUAUGUUUUGUUUUUUGUCUUUUGUUUUUCUUCCUAACAAGCUGAAAUCUCAGUGCAGACUUUUUCCCAUCUGUCCUUUCUUAACCUCCUCUUCAUCAGCUUGUUUGAGCCAUAAAAUUACAUCAAUGUUGAAAUGUGACAAACUUCAGCUCUGGCUUGAUUCAGGAAUAUGUGUUUUUGUGAGAUCAGUGACAGUUCUACGUGUUUGUGAAGCACUCAGGAUGCUGCGCGUUGAAACUAAAUAGGUGUUUGAGCUGAAAUUAAAUCAUUUUUAUUUAUUUUACUUAUUUAUUUUUGUUUGUUUUAAUGGUCAUAACUGAAGUCAUGUCGGGUGAUAUUAAAAACGGUGUUUAAGUUGUCGAUUGAUCGUGCCUGCUGCAUAAAAAACUUUUGUUUUUGUUUUGUUUAAUGAAGUUUUUUAUUAUUAUUAUUACACUUUUUGAAUGUGAACUCAUGCUGUUUUUGUACUUUGGAGCCCAGCAGAGGUCAAAGAUCAUUUAACUGUUUAUCACACAGAUCAGAGUUUUGCAGGGGGAAUAAAUCACGUGUAAACAAGUCCAAAUCCAGCCCACCACACAAAGUUAGCUCAUCUGUUUCCAGUUGCAUAACGAACAUAAUCAAACCUCAUCCUGGCCCCUACAAACAGCUUCAACUCAGAGGAUCAAAAUAUGUCGAUUUAGGGAUUAUUUUCCUGUUACAGAUUGCCAAAUUGUAGAGUUUGUUUGUUUGUUUGUUUUCAGACUAUAGCUAUUUUUACAAGUCUACACAUCACCCACAAAAUCUGAUUUCAUGCCACUAAAACAUUUCACACUGCAAAAGGCAAAAGAUUGAAAGCCUUUUUUUCUUUUAAAUUCCAUAAACCAUCAACUGAAUAAGCACACAAAGCACCAAUGAUGCAUAAAUUAUAGAAGUGAAAGGCGUUACAGGUUUUCUGUGUGUGGAAACAGGCAGCUUAGACAAAAUUAUACACACAAAGUACAGACUCAAUAUUGUGAUUUUUGCACAAUAUACAAAAAAAAUGUUAUCCCCAAAAUAUUAAUUUCACAAGCAAAAGUGCAACAGUAGAAAAAGGACGCAAAGAAGAAAAUGACUGAAGAAAUGAGGCUACAUCUAACUAACCAGUAUUUGUGUGUCUGUGUCAGCCACAAUUUCAUACAAGUAUAAUCGACUGAGCUGUGUGUGGGUAAAGUGGGUUGAAAAAUUAGAACCUGUGUGAAGCAAGAGACAUGCAUUUACUUUUGGCCGACUUACUAAGUGAAUUGGCUACAAUUGUUUCAAAGACAAUAAAUAUAUUAGUAAAAGUUGAAUUCAAACAAUUACCUGUAAAAACUGGAUACUAAUUACCGUAGUACCGUAGUAUAUUACCGUUGGUAACAAUGUAGUAAUAGUGGGGCAGUAAGAAACAAAAGCUAAUAAUGGCACAAUCCAAUUAUUACCACUUAAUUACAAAGUAAUUAUCUUGUAUCAACGCUGAUAUGUAUGAUGUUACCGGUACUGUAAUGCUAUCAUUAGCCUAUAUCUGUGAAUCUGGGUGAAAUAUGGGUGGAAUAUGCAUUUGUGUAGUUACUUGUUUAGACCUAAUUAUCAAACAUUUCUAUACUAUGCACGCUAUGAACUAAGAUUGCAAACAUAGUAAACAUUAUGCAUGCUAAACAUCAGUUAUUGUCAUCUUAAAUAGCUCAGAGCACAAGUAUAGCCUUGGGGUGAUGCACGCUUCUCUAUUUGUACAAGUGAAGUCAUCUGAAUAAAUAUAUAAAACACAGCAAAAGGUGUGUAAACAUCCUGAAGACAUAAGCCAACAUGCAAAUUGACGCAAAUGCAGACGAGGUCUUAAAAGACAUGUUUGCAUAAACAGUAACAUUAGAAGAAGUCAUGCCUGUCCUCAUCUGCCCCAAACAAAAUGAUAAAAGUGACAUUAAUAUCAAUUAAGACCCAGAUGUUUUUCUGUUUGUUGUUUCUGACAUAACGCAGAAUUAAUUCUAGUAUUGUAAUAUGAUAAUAGUAUUCUAAAAUAUAAAACCUCAACCAACAUUACCUUAUUAUGAGGUUACUACCAGUUUCUGGAAGUCAGUGUAUAAAAAUUUGAAUACAGAUAUUCCUGUUUUGUUGCUAGCAGGUUAUUAUUUUUUUUAUCAACAUAUUACUAUGAUUAGCUUUUGGUUUUGCUCCAUAGGCAUAUGGCCUGUUAUUACCCAUCUGCAUAAAUGUCAGUGUAAUAUUACUCAGCUCUUUAUAGUUGUUGAUACAAGAUAAUUAUGUGUUAUAAUUAUAAUAUAAUUAAUAAAUUAUAAUUUUUUUAUCUCCUCAUUUCCAACUUGUUACCUCACUUUUACCAUAUUCUUACUGAUCUAUAAUAGAAAGGACAACCAUAACUAUUUUUUAAAAGGUAAAAGGGACAUUUAGUUCUGUUGCUCCAGUCUAAUGAUGCAUUUUUAAAGAGCAGAAACCUAAUGUAUGGAAAGAAAACCCAUAUAGGACAAAUACCUGCUGGGCCCAACAAUUUGUCACUAUGUAGCUAAAGUUACUUGAUUGUGUACUUUGAGAAAUGUAUUAAAUUACUUGCUAAUUUUAUGCUGUUGUUUCACUGCAACCUGGAAGUGCAGGUUUAUGUUUAUUUGAUUUUUAAAUAAUACUGCAAUAUUGCAACAUCUGCAAAUCUCUUAUGUCUUUUGUUCCAGCUGCUUUUUUAUUUCUUUACAUGACUGCAGUGUUAUCCUAGUAACCUCCAGCUCAAGCCUAAGUUGAAAUUUUAAGGAAGUUUUGUUUUGUUUUGUUUUUUUGGUACUUGACUUGAAAUGUUGCUUAUGUUUCAGGCACAUGGUGAUCAUUGCAGUAUGGUCUUAGAGAAUAAUAUAUUGUACAGUAUUUAAGCACAGUAGCUGGACUGAAAAUCUUUUGCACUUUUAAGUUUUUUUAUUGUCCUUGUUUAUCCUUGUUUUCACAUCCAAAUUCUGAUGCAAAUACAGGGAGUUGAACUUUUUUUUUCUGUCUUAUUUAAUCAGCCCUUCCUGCUGUUGGAUUUUGUUCAGAUUUGUCUGCUAGCCACUGAUGCCAAUAAAGACAAACUUCUCAACAGUGAAAGUGUUUUGAGUGCAUGUUGAGAAAUUGUUUAGGUUUCACUGCAUUAAGGAUUGCUAAUAUUUUGUGUACAGUACAGUGUAAAAAUGUAAGAAUGUACUAAGAUGCAUCCAAGAAUAAGAGGUGUAUUUUCUAAUUGUAAACCUGGAUAAUUAUGAGUCUGGGCUGAGGGUGGAAGAAGUACUCUAAGCUUAAAUUGAACUUAUUGGUAUUACCAUGUAGUAGAAAUACUCUUGCUACAGAUGUGUAGUUUAAUUUUGCAUUAAAAUAUAGUCAUGAUACAAAAAGUAAAAAUUGUGGGGAACUUUGGGGUUCUUCAGAGAACUAGAGUUACAGAGAGUGAUUCAAAAAAGAGGAAAUAAUCAGUGAUCAGCAGUUCUCUGGGUGAAAAAUGCCUUGUGGAUACCUGAGGUCAGAGGGGUAACAGCCCUGCUGCUGAUAGGAAGACAAAAAUAACUCCGGAAAUCAGAACACUGGAAAAAACUGUUGUCUGACAAGUCUUGAUUUCUGUUGAAGCAUUCAGACGGUAGAGACAGAAUUUAGCAUAAACAGCAUGAUCGCGUGGAUCAAUCCUGCUUUGUAUCAACAUUUCAGACUGAUGCUGCUGACACCGUUGGUGUAGGGGAUAUUUUCUUGAGGCACUUUGGCCACCUCAUUAUCAACUGAGAACAAUUUAAAUGUCACAGCCUGCAUGAUGUUGCUCAUGUCCAUCUCUUUAUGACCACAUUGUACCCUCAUAUGAUAACAUGCCACAUCAGAAAGCUCAGAUCAUAUAAACUGGAUUCUUGAACACGACAAUGAGUUCACUGCACUCAAAUGGCCUCCACACUCUCCAGAUUUCAAUCCAAUAAGAGAACCUUCUGGAACAGGUGAUUCGCAUCAUGAAUGUGCAGCUGACAAAUCUGCAGCAGCUGUGUGAUGCUGUCAUGUAUCUGCCCUGUCAGAUGCAUGCGUACUGCAACUGAUUCAAGUGAAAGAUAUGUGUAUAUGUAGCAUUAGACUUGAUUUUUUACUUGAUAAUUUAUUAAUCAGUCAUCUCAUUGCAAGAAGGCAAAGUUUUGAUUUACUGACAUCAAUCUGAUUUUUUUUUCUUUAGAAAGGAGAAAGACAAGUCUGAGAAGAUGUUAAUAUUGGAAACUGACAAAAAGUGGAACUUGAAACAAUUCGAGGGCAAACACUUUUUGUUAAAACAAGGAGAGGUAUCCUACUAGUCAUCUGAAUAAAUAUACAGUGUGCAAACAUGCUGAACACAUUUGCUAAUAUGUAAUUUACGUGAAAUGUAAAUAUGCCUUAAGUAUUUAUGCAGCAAGAUUGAAAUCAUGUGUUCAUAAGUCAUGCCUGUCAUCACCUGCCUCCAGUAGACAUUAAUAUGGCUUUAAUAUCAAUGUGUGGCUUCAAGGGUCAUACUUGAAGAUAACUGCUAACAGUAAUUU